AUGAGGAAUCGACGCGCGUGCGACGCUUGCCGCCAGAGAAAGAUUCAAUGUGAUGGCGACGCUUCUAGCCCUACACGACAGUGCAACUGGUGCAGUAGCCACGGAAAGGCGUGCACAUUCCAUGGAGUGAAGGCAAGAGAGGUGAGGAGCAAACUAAAUCCAGGGUUUAACGAUGACCUAACAAGUCAAUUCGAACGUGUCGAGAAAGCUUUAUCCGACGGCCUUACUGAAAAGUCAAAAGUCCAACCGGUCUCUACCACGUCAGACACUUCAAUUACAUGUCGUUCGAAUGGGGCCCACUCGGCAUCCCCAGAAGGCUCAACCAGUCUCUAUGCCGGACUUCUUCUAGGCCAGAAUCGCUGCCACAGUGGCAUUCCUCUCUUCACCGAAGAAGACGAGGAAUGGAUAUAUUCGCGAACCGGUGAAAAAGCCGACUUUCGAAACCUCAGUACCCUUCGCAUGGGGCAACGAAUCCAGCGACCAGCCCCGCCUCACGUGCCCAUUCAGGGAGCAACCGAUCUUCUUUGUGUACUUCCAUCACGAGCUAUUGUUAAGGCGUUCUUAGAUGCCUUUCACCAAUCCACUUUUAGAUUGGCAUUCCCAGUCAUCGACUACACUCUGUUUCAGGAGACUAUUGCUGCGGCCUAUGAAGCCAGCGACACGCUGUCAUCCCUGAAACACACCACCGCGAAAGUAUGCGUAUUAGCAUUUCUUUCCAUGGUGGGUUUGUUCCACGGCAAACUAUCAUUCCUGCCCCCAAUGGACUGGGAUGCAUGUUAUAAUGCGACCCACUCCUUCCUACCACACAUCCUUGAUGAAGCCACCAUGGAAAAUCUCCAAACGAUCUUGAUGCUGUACCUCCGUCAACGAUAUCUUGGUCGCUCAGCGUCGGGCGCUAUUUACCACUCUAUCGCAUGCCGAAUGGCAUUCAUGCUUGGUGGACAUACAAACAGGAACACUAAAUCCUUCAGCGACGAGGUCACUCGUCAGGAGCGACAAACCCGCCACAUCCGACUACUCUUCUGGCAUUGUUAUAUUUUCGACAAGGACAUUGCACUCCGGACAGGACAGCCACCAUUCAUAUCUGAUAAGUAUUGUGACCUCACCCUUCCUGAAGGCUACAUCGAAACCCAUUUCGUACUACCUCUACCAGGUCACGAUAUCUCCUCGUCUUUCUUCGCGAAUGAGUCGCUAGUUCCUUUCCUUCCUGGAGAGUUACGACUGAGUAUGCUAAAGCAUAAAACAUACGAGCUAUUAUACUCCGUUCAAGCUCUUGCCAAGUCAGAUUCCGAAGUCAUCCGUGCGAUCCUGGAGCUGGAUGAUGAACUUGAAAGUUGGCGAUUAUCUCUCCCAAAGGUUGUUCGCCCUGCUCUCUCGAUAUCCGAUCUCCAGCAACCAGUGUCAGAUCUCAAAAUGCAACACCGAAUGCAACAUGUUGCUCUACACCUUGAAUACCACCAUCUUAUAGUGACAAUCCACCGGGCAGGCGCUAGGUGUAUUGCAAACAAUCCGGACACCAGUCUUCAUGCAAACGAAAGUCACGCAGCAAUCAAGUCCAGCAUAGCAUUGUGCCUUGAAGCCAGUCGGUCAACUUUAUUCUAUCUUCGAGAGGUCAUCGAUGAUCUAGCAGGAGAAAUAUUCUGGGUUACUGUCUUCUAUCCCACGGCAGCGACGAUGAUGCUAUUCCUUCACGUUCUAGCUGAACCAUUGGCUCCACAAGCAAAGGCCGAUCUAGAGCUAUUGAGCUCAGCAGCAGACCUCAUUCGCAGUAUGCCAAUACAAAGACUAACGCCGCAUGAGAUUGGCCACAUUCGGUUAGUAAACGACUUUAUCACAGAGCUGACCCGCCUUGGUAACUGCGCGAUCUUUAAGGCUGAGAUGGAAAUGGGAACAGACGCAUUUGGCAUCGAGGAGUGUACGUAA